AGUUUCAAGAUGGCGGAAUGUGCGAAGAAGAUGAGAACAAAAAAGCAAGCGAAAAAUCUUUAAGCGUAUUUAAAUGUAUAAAUGCAAACAGCUCUAAAUCUUUCAAACCUCAGCACAUUUUAAAAGCUAAACUUAUCAACUUUAAGACAACACAAGCACAGCUGCCACCUUGUGUUUGCCACUCCAAACCGCCAAAGAACUGAGUUGAGCCAAAAAAUCGAAAUCUUGCAUCGGCGGACGGCCCGAAGGUAUCCCUACACGCAAGAAGAAAAGUCAGUAAUUUAUUGGCUGCACACUGAGAAGCGUUUUCGCCAAAUUGAGACUCCAGAGCACAGAAAGGGUUCCUGCCCAGGCGGCUAGGGUGUUAUAACCAACGAACUGCUCCGCCACAGCUAGAAGCAGACUAUGUCUGACUUUCUGCGUCAACAGAAUCCACAAGAGCAUACAUAGCCAUGGCUGCGACGAGGAAACUGCAAGGCGAAAUUGAUCGAUGCUUAAAAAAAGUAGCCGAGGGCGUCGAAACGUUUGAAGAUAUUUGGAAGAAAGUACACAAUGCUACGAACACUAACCAGAAGCAAAAACAUCUGCAGGAGAAAUAUGAGGCAGAUCUCAAAAAGGAAAUCAAGAAGCUUCAGCGAUUACGAGAUCAAAUCAAAUCCUGGAUUGCCUCGGCCGAGAUCAAGGAUAAGAGCGCUCUGCUUGAAAAUCGAAGGCUCAUUGAAACGCAAAUGGAACGCUUCAAGGUGGUCGAGCGCGAGACAAAAACAAAGGCUUAUUCCAAGGAAGGCUUGGGCGCCGCACAAAAAAUGGAUCCAGCCCAGCGGAUCAAAGACGAUGCGCGAAAUUGGUUAACCAGCUCAAUUAGCUCACUGCAAAUACAAAUUGAUCAAUACGAAAGCGAAAUUGAGUCUCUGCUGGCGGGUAAAAAGAAACGAUUAGACCGGGAUAAGCAGGAGCGCAUGGACGACCUGCGGGCCAAGUUGGACAGGCAUAAAUUUCACAUAACAAAGCUGGAAACUCUGCUUCGGUUGCUCGACAACGACGGCGUCGAAGCGGAUCAAGUGAACAAGAUCAAAGACGAUGUCGAAUAUUACAUUGAUUCGUCGCAAGAGCCUGACUUCGAGGAGAAUGAGUUCAUCUACGACGACAUCAUUGGCCUGGACGAGGUGGAGCUCAGCGGGACGGCGACAACGGACAGCAACAAUAGCAACGAAACCAGCGGGUCCCCUAGCAGUGUUACCUCCGGAGGCAGUCCAUCCCAAUCGCCCGUCACAGUACAACAAGUGCUGCCGCCAUCCGUGCAGGCGGCAGCGAAUACUGGUAGCAGCGCGGCCAGCGCUGCCUUGUUCCAGCAGCAACAGGCAGCGGCCCAGUCGAAUGGCAGCAAUGUGGGAUAUGCGAGCGAUACCAGCGCGGCCUCAUCUUCGGCGACAACGUCGACGGAUCCGGCGGGCAGCGCGGCCACCUUAAGCGGGGGCGGAGGCGGCGGCAGCGGCGAUAAACGCAACAAAAGCAGCGAAAGCAAUACCAUCAGCAAAUCGAAACCACAACCUCAGCAGAUCAUCAAGCCCACGCCCGUUCGUGCGACGGUCAAGGUGGCUCCGGGUAGUGAAACUCAAGUCAAGAUUGUCAGCUCAACGCCCAGUAAAAACCAGCAGCUGCCCACGGCUGCAGCGGUGGUAGCUGCCUCCAACUCAGCCCCGAGCAGCAGUAGUGGCAACGGUAGCGGCAACGGCAGUGGCAGUGGAAGCUCUAGUGCGAGCGCAGGCACGGGGGCGGCCGCACCAACAGCCAGUGGUCACAAUCCUGCCGUACAGCCGCAUGCCCCAACGCCUGGCCUAACUGCCGCCAGCAUCGCUGCUGCAGCUGCCGCAGCAGCCGUCUCAAGUUCUGCUACACCAGCGAUUGCAAGUAUCAGCAACGUUCAAGGCCAAUCUGUGAUUCAAGCAACACCAACAAUUGCAUUUGCGGCGGUGGCAAAACACAACACAUCACUCCUGGAAAACGGUCCUGUAUUGCAACAGCAGCCCACAGCCACAACGGUAGCCGCCAUUGUGGGAGCCGGCGCACAGACCCAACAGCCACAACACCAGCAGCAACAGCCGGCACAAUUAUCCAAUCUUCAAACAAAUUCCUCACACUUACAAAAUGGUCUACCUGUCUCGGUCAGUAGUAGUGACAGCAAUAGCAAUGUCGUUGAUGCAAUUUCAUUGAAAACCAUGGCCCAGGAAGCCAUCAAUCGAUCCGCGAGCGAUGCCAAUUCGCUAAGCCAGCAGCCGCAGACGCAGCAGCAGCAAAGCAACAUUGACACGAGGCAGCAGCAGUCGCAGCAAUCACUCCUACAACAGCAUUUUAGUACGGAAAAUACUGCCAACCAGCCGCAGCAAGUGGCGUCCCAACAGCAGCAAAAUGCAGCUGCAGCCGCAGCCGCAGCUGCUGCUGCGGCAGCGGCAGCGGCAGCGGCUGCAAUGGGAACAAUUGCGGCUGCAGCACAUGCCGCGGCAGCCAGCAAUGGAUCCACAGCUGGCAGUGGGCUCAUGAAUCUGGCAAAUGCUGCGGGUCAGCCAACCAGCGGUAGUGUCAAGACGCAUACUUCCCAACAGCAAAUGGCCACAACGGAAGCCCACAUUCCGACACUGCUGGGAGUAACGCCGUUGGGGCCAACGCCACUUCAGAAAGAACAUCAGGUGCAGUUUCAAAUGAUGGAGGCCGCCUACUAUCACCUGCCACAGCCCAUGGAUACGGAGAAGCUCCAAACGUAUUUCCAUCGCGCCCCAGUCCCCACGCCAGCGCACUAUCCCCAGGCACAGCUGCCAAUAUACGAUACUGUUGAAUUUUAUCAACGACUCUCAACGGAGACGCUUUUCUUUGUAUUCUACUACAUGGAAGGCUCCAAAGCCCAAUAUCUGGCCGCAAAGGCACUGAAAAAGCAAAGCUGGCGAUUCCACACCAAGUACAUGAUGUGGUUUCAACGGCACGAGGAGCCCAAGAUUAUCAACGAUGAUUACGAACAGGGUACGUACAUCUAUUUUGACUAUGAAAAGUGGAGUCAGCGAAAGAAGGAGGGAUUCACCUUUGAAUACAAGUACUUAGAAGACAAGGAGCUCAAUUGAUAAUGUUGCAAUGUGUAUUGCUUCGUCUGUCUAUAAGAAAAUCAAUCCAUUAAAAAAAUAAAUGAAACCAAUACCAUUUUCAUAAAAAACCACAACCACAACCCCACCCGCUCCCAAACCCAAACUCAAACCCAUAACCAUUACACUUACAUACGCCUAGAAACAAUAAACAACAGAGAGAGAGAAGAGGAAAGAAAAAUAAGCGAUAAUGCCAGCAAACUGUAAACAUAAGUUAAAAGGAAAAAAAUGAAGUAUGAUAAUUGUUCGGAAUGCAUGUAAAAACAUAUGCUUUUUUAUAUAAAUGUUUUAUUGUUUAUAAUUACGUUUAUUUUUUUUACACUAUUCGAACCAUCUCACAAGGCCCUCCAGAAAUCAAGCGCAAGAGAGAUACAAAAUAAGAACCGAACCAUGCAAAACUCCCAGACCCCAGACCCCAGAUCAGAUCCAUGUCGCUUAGCGUACCUUCAAUCCAUUCAAGCAAAUAGCAUUGCAAAGAGUUACGUGAUUCCCUCUCAACUCCCAAUUCGCAUAAUGUAUAAAAGUCGCAUCCGAAUGCAGUACACUUUUAAUGAUAAAAAACAAAACAAACACAAAAAAAAAAGAAACAUCAAAAACAUUUAGCGCACCGAUUUUUAUGCGUUUUUUCGCGUUUAGAAUAAGACGCGAAAGAAAAACAAACAAAUUUCAGCUGAUCUUAUUUAAAUUUAUUAAUGUAAUUACGAUUACUAAGAUCAUUGAUUAAGUUGCAUGAUGUGUCGAAAGGCUAGGAAACAAAACAACAAAUUAAUGCAUAAAUGAAACUUUUUUAAAUAUAAGAACAAAAACAAAAUAAAAGCGUGAGUAAAUAGUUGAACUUA